GCAGCCUAUCAUCCCUAAAAAUACUUUUGAUUAAGUUUUUUUAAUGAGCAUGGAUGUUUGUGAAUCAUCGCGUUUAUUUCGUACUAGUUUUUGACUAGCUUUAAUUCAUUUCCGUAUUGAUUAUAUUGUAUUAAUUUACCGGAAAGUCUUGCGUUUAUUUCGUUUUUAAUCAUUGGUCGCAGCCAGCAAGGGCUGUUAGCUUGAGCGAAUCUAGGACCCUGUUUUGCUUUGAACUAUGACGGCAUCCGUUGUCGCAAGUGUCACCGCGGGCGGGGAGGUGGGUCUCACUGGACCGGAGCCCCAGGACGGCGCUAUGAAAGGAGUAGAGGCCACACCAGAAGAACAAGAACGGCUAGCAACGGGAAACAACAAUGGAUCUCUCGAUUGCAAACUUCCAACACCUCAGCAAACCGGGCCACGAUCGGCAUUUCAUUCCACUAGAGUGUUCAUGCUGGUGUUUCUAUCGGGAUGGGUUUUACAGGGCAUGUUUCUAACGUACUUCGUCAGCGUAACAACGACGGUCGAAAAAUUAUUUAAAGUGGAAUCGAAGACUACUGGAACAUUGUUGGCGGCGACAGAAAUUGGACAAAUCUGCACAGCAUUGUUUUUGACCUAUCUGGCUGGUCGCGGUCACAGGCCGAGGUGGAUUGCGUGCAUGAUGCUCGUGCUCGCGGUGGGAGUGAUUGGUUGCGUGGUGCCGCACGUACUUUACGGAACUCGGUUGAUGGACGUACAUUUAAUUUCGCACCGAGGCGGUGUUGCACCCGUGUGCUCUUCAGACGGAAACUCAACAUUGGUAACAUGUGACGAAGCUCACGCUCAGAGCAGGGCCACGCAAUCGUCUAUCACCGCCGUGGUGAUACCAUGGCUAUUCAUCUGUCUCCUCGUCGUCGGCGUGGGGCAGACCGGUAUUGCUACACUCGGCAUACCAUACGUCGACGACAACGUGGGUAGCAGACAAUCGCCAUUGUAUAUGGCUAUUACAAUUGGAAUAAGAGUUAUUGGACCAGCUCUUGGAUUCCUUCUCGGUGCGCUUUGUACCAGAGUUUACGUGGACCCGCUGGUUGAUCCCGGCUACGAAUUCAGUGAUCCAAGAUGGGUUGGAGCGUGGUGGCUUGGCAUGGUGUUCAUAGCAGGGUUUAUCGUAAUAUUAUCGGCGCUGAUGUUCUUUUUCCCACGCCAAAUCAAACAAAGCCCUAUUCCGCUUCACCCGAAGAAGAACAAAGAAAGAAAAGGACAAUUUUUCAAAGAUUUCUUCGCGACGAUCAAACGUCAACUGACCAACGAUAUUUUGAUGUGGCGAACAGCGUCGUCCGUAUUACAUUUGAUGCCUAUCAGCGGUGUUUACUCCUUCCUACCCAAAUAUUUGGAGAAGCAGUUCCGCUUGCCCACGCACGAUGCCAACCUUGUCUCGGGUUUGGGCGGCAUAUUGGUGAUGGGAUUGGGUAUAAUUACAUCAGGCGUCGUGAUACUUAAACUAGUGCCCACAGCGCGACAGGUUGCUGCUUGGACGGCCGCUACCGCUGCUAUAUACAGCGCCGGAAUGGUGGUGCUGAUGUUCGUGAGUUGUCCCGAAGAGAGCUUCCGAGCUCUCAGUCCGACCGACGUGGCCAAUCUCUCGUGCAGCUCUGAGUGUCACUGCUUCGGGGCGCCUUACUCGCCUGUGUGCGGACAGGACUCCUUCACAUAUCAAUCCCCGUGCCAGGCCGGCUGCUUAAACAGUACACAGCUGGACAACAGCACGUGGCUUUAUUACAACUGUUCGUGCGUCGACGCUAGUCUGCACGGUGACAAGGCUUUCAAAACCGUGGAGCGCUACGAGCUGGCGGACGCGCCCGACGACUUCGCGGCCAGAGGGUUCGCGGUGAGCGGCGAGUGCGGCGGCGCCUGCAACCAGAUAUACGCCUUCAUCGCCAUCUUCGCCGCCGUCAUGUUCGUGCACGCCAGCGGGGAGGUCGGCGCCGUGCUGCUCAUCAUUCGCUGCACCGACAAGCACGACAAGGCGAUGGCGAUGGGCGUGAUCCAGUUCGCGAUCGGCGUGUUCGGCAACGUGCCGUGCCCCAUCGUGUUCGGCGCCGCCGUGGACGCCGCGUGCCGCCUCCGCGACGCCGCCUGCGGCCUGCUCGGCGCCUGCGCCUCCUACGACAGCGACAGUCUGCGGCACUUCUAUCUCGGUCUGUCGGCCGGGCUGAUGUUCCUCGCUUUCAUAAUGGACAUGUUGGUGUGGAGCCGCGCGGGGCGCAUCGACAUGAACCCCGCCGACCGCGCCCCCGAGCGCGACCAGCUGCCCUCCGACACGCCGCUCUGAUGCGCGCCGCCUCUGCGCGCCGCCCCCCGCACCGCCCCCCGCACCGCCCCCCACACCCCCUCGCACACCCCCUCCGGGACGCAGGCACGCGAUCAUUCGCACUUUGACUACGCAUCUGAGCUGAAAUACUCGAAAUCGCCCCAUCGGUAUGAAAUAUUGUCUUAAUCAAGUAGUUCUGUCGUGCUCUAGCUCGAUAGUGAACGAGAGGCGAAGAAAACCUAUUGAAAAUCAAUUAAUUGAAUUUUUAAUUGAAAUCAAACGUUCGACUCAGGUCUGAGAAAAGCUUUUCGUAGCUUCAUUAUCAGAGACCGAAUCCUAGAUUUUAAGACGUCUAUCAUAAGUCUUUACCUAUAAGAACAAAAUAAUUCGUAAUGUAUUUUAUUCAAGUUUACUUUUGUCCGUCUUUAAAACUAACUGUCUUCGUGGUGUGAAUGAUAAUUUUGUAAUUUCAACUAUUCCAGGACAUUUACGCACGCGUUAUCGUUUGAAUAUUUAGGAUUUUUUAAACUCCUUGAAUUGUCAUUUUAUGCAUUUCCGAUACAGUUCUUCUUCAAGGUACCACCGAUUUGAAUUAAAGUUGUCGGUUUGAUAUAUAAUUGUUAAAAAAGUAUUUCGAAUUCACGAAUUGUUAUCGCUUUGUAACGAAAUUUACGACUAUUAUAUUACUUUUUCUAUUUAUAGUUAUAUUGUGAAUCUUUUUUAUUAAAAAAUGUAUGUGCCCCUUUUUUAGAAAAAAUUUACACCUAUGUCAGUAAUGUGGUGGUAAUUCGAAAUAUAAUAAUAAUAGUUAAAAGAUCGCAUACUUGAGGAGUUAUUAAAACAUAUUUUCAAAUGUAACUAAGUCUAUAGUUAGUUAUCAAUUUCUUUUUAAUUUUUCGCUUUUUACGGUUAAUGAUGACUGAACAAUGGAAUAAUAUUUUUUGCAUUUUAUUAUUUAUACAUUUUGUACACUAGUUUCUUAUUUUUUUAAAUCUGUGCUCAAUUUUAUUUAAGUAAUAAAAUGAAUAUGCAUAAUAUUUUUAAUGGCUCGAAAUGAAUUACAAUUAUUUUUCAUUUAUUUUUGUUUUGUAUAGAAAUAGUACAAGUUUUAAAUGUAUUCUUUAUAGGAGGGAAUUAAGGUCUGGUUUGAUCCGCGAAGUCCCGAAACGCAUAGUUUUAAUUGUAUGAUUACGAUUUUUUUUUAACAUGUAUUUCUAUAAAGAAAUCACAUUACUGGGACUGAGUUAUAAAACUUUGUGACCACUGCCUCAUUAUUGUUAAAAAAAAGUUUGAAAUUAAAAGUAACGUAUUUUAUUAAAAAAGAAGAUAGUUGAAACUGAUUUCACAAAUUAAGUAAUUUAAAUCUGUAUAAACUUGAGAAAUAAAUUCCUGUAAAGCUGUGGUCACAUAAGUUAUACAUUUUUUUCGAUUAUUGCGAAUUACAUGGCUAGUGAUUAGACUUUUAUAUUAGAUUAGAGCGAGUUUUUUUAUACAAAUUACUGCUAAUUAUACUGUAAAUAUAUUAAAUGAAUUGAAUGUAUAAUCACAUAAUAUUAGUAUAAUUUAGACAGCUGUUGUAAUUGUUAGGACGUUUUUUACGUAUUUAUAUUGGUUUGUAACUUCAACAUCACAUUAGCUAUGGCCAGUUGGUAACAAUUUUCAAUGCAUAUUAUAUAAUUAUUGUACUUCACUAUAUACUUGAAGGUUUUCGGCGUUAUGAAAUUAGUUAGUCCGGCGACCUUUAGUCGUCGAGUGUGUUGUAACUAUAAGAUACAUUUUGAUUGGAAAUGUUUAGUAAAAUAUCGUUUUGUUGAUGAAUGUUGACUUGCUCUUAAUAUAUUCUUACAUUAAUAUUACGUAUAUAGUAAUAUGAUUAACUAUAGCUUUUCAUAUGGCAAGCUAUAGUUACAACUUUUUGCAAUUAUUAUACUAUCUUAUACAAAUAACCUUUCUCGUAAUAAUGGAAGGCUAAUAAGGCUGGGUCAUGUGUAAAAUAUUUAGAAAAAAAUAAGAUAUAUUUUGAUUUAGGUUAACUCUGAUAUUUUAUAAAGGUGUCUAAAAAGUUUCUAUAUAUCUGUGAUUAUUUAUCACGAACCGGAAAUGUUAUUUAUAUAUUUUAUGGUAAGUGCAUUUCCUAGUGCAAUAUAAAAAUAAACACAGAUAAUUAAAUUCCAAGUUUUUUUUUAAUAACACGUACGCCACUGCCAACCCAACGCAAAUAUAAUAAUUAAUAUUUUUUACACAUAAAGCAGUUUUGCAAUAGCUAAUACGAAUUAACAUUUUCUAUAUUCAUGUAUAUUUAAAAAAUAACAAUAUUUUUCCUAAUACUUAUUAAAUGUGCAUUAUAAUCGU